CUAGCUUCACGUUCGUCUGGCUGCACUUGUGCCAGUUGCUGUUGACAGGAGGACACCAGAGCUGGAGUCCCCAAUUUAGGCGUUAGAUCGUCCAUGGCUCAUAGCUCUGAGCGACCAGGGCGAAUACUAUCUCGUAUCUAGCAAACCAUGCUCUGCUGUGACUCGCUGGGGCUAACACGUGACGUGAGAGUGAACAUAACAGUUUGACUGUGGCAAGACAUGCCAUAAAGCUGCAGACAGCUAAUGUUAGCUAGCUGUCUUAACCCGCUGGGCUCACCUACUGCAACAGAUAAUCGGAUACCCGGUUGGUGUGGUUAGCCAACGGACAGAACAACAAUGUUGUGUUGGGGCAAUGCUUCCUAUGGGCAAUUGGGUUUGGGUGGAAUUGACGAGGAGAUAGUCAUAGAGCCUCGUAAAUGUGACUUCUUUCACGGGAAGCAGGUGUGUGACGUGGGCUGCGGCCGAAGACACACCACUGUUUUGCUGGAAGAUGGGACUGUUUACACAUUUGGCUGCAAUGACCUGGGUCAGCUAGGACACGAUAAGUCGCGAAAAAAGCCAGAACAGGUAGUGGCCUUGGAUGCGCAGAACAUUGUGGCUGUGUCCUGUGGAGAAUCCCACACGCUUGCAUUGAAUGACAAGGCGCAGGUGUUCUCCUGGGGACUGGGCUCUGAUGGGCAACUGGGGCUUAAUAACUUUGAAGAAUGUGUCCGUGUGCCAAGGUAAUCUAAUUUGUUCUUAUUGGCAUGAAGCCAUUAUUUAUUUAAUGUUUUGUUUGCCCAUUUAUCACAUUCCACAGAAAGGUUGAUCCUACUUUUCUUUGUAGUGCACCCUUUUUCCCAGCAUCAACAUUAUUCAGUGUAAGACUGUUGUUGUUUACUUCAAAUA